GCUUUUCAGGUCACUCUUGGAGAUAGAUUUCACUAAUAUUUGUGCUCAGUUCAUAUUAGCUUUAUUUUAUUGUUGUGACUUCAUAGUAGUCCUGCGGUACACAGAAUUGGAUAAUAGCCAUCUUUAAUGCAGAGAAAAUGAAAAUAGCUAUAAUUGGAAGUGGCCUCAUUGGUCAGUCCUGGGCUAUGAUAUUUGCAGGUGCAGGUCAUAAAGUGACUCUCUAUGAUAUAGUCUCAGAACAGGUAUCAAAAGCACUAGAGACAAUCGCUACAAAUCUAAAAAAUUAUGAAAGUCAAGGUUGCCUUCGUGGUCAAUUAACUGCUUCCCGGCAGGUUUCACUAAUCACUGGUAGUAGUGAUUUGCAAGAAUGUCUCAAUGGUGCUUCCUAUGUUCAGGAGUGUGUUCCAGAGUCAGUUGAUCUUAAAAGACAAGUAUUCAAUCAGAUGGACAUGUAUAUCACAGAAGAUAUGAUUGUAGCUUCAUCAAGCAGCUGUCUUGGUGUCUCACAGUUUGUUGGUGAAAUGAAAAACAAACACAGAACUUUAGUGGCUCAUCCAGUCAAUCCUCCAUACUUUGUACCUUUAGUUGAAAUUGUACCUGGGCCAUGGACUCUUCCAGAAGUUAGUCAACAGACAAGAACUUUACUUGAGUCUGUAGGUCAGGCACCAGUAACUCUGAGUAAAGAAUGCCCUGGCUUUGCCCUCAAUAGAAUACAGUAUUCAAUCAUCAAUGAAUGUUGGUGCAUGUAUAAGGAUGGACUGUUGUCUGCUGCUGAUAUUGAUAAAUUGAUGGUGAAUGGACUGGGACCAAGAUAUGCUUUUAUUGGUCCCCUUGAAACAAUGCAUUUAAAUGCUGAUGGUAUUGUGGACUAUUGUAAAAGAUAUGCUCAAGGUGCCUACAAUGUCAGCUCUACUCUCACACCGCCUCCAAUCAUGUAUGACAUUCCCACUGCUGAAAAUGUUCAAUCUGAAUUAAGUAGUGCUGUGCCUCUUGAACAACUUCUGGAGAGACGGAAAUGGAGAGACAGACAUCUGGCUGCACUGGCCUCAUUAAAGAACCAACUCAAAGAAAAGAAGGAUUAAGUUUAAGAACCAACUCAAAGAAAAGAAGGAUUAAGUUUAAGAACCAACUCAAAGAAAAGAAGGAUUAAGUUUAAGAACCAACUCAAAGAAAAGAAGGAUUAAGUUUAAGAACCAACUCAAAGAAAAGAAGGAUUAAGUUUAAGAACCAACUCAAAGAAAAGAAGGAUUAAGUUUAAGAACCAACUCAAAGAAAAGAAGAAUUAAGUUUAAGAACCAACUCAAAGAAAAGAAGGAUUAAGUUUAAGAACCAACUCAAAGAAAAGAAGGAUUAAGUUUAAGAACCAACUCAAAGAAAAGAAGAAUUAAAUUUUUCCUUUUGUGAUUGUUUUUAAAUUUUGAAAAUCAGAUCUCCAAAGUUACAUAGAAUGUAAGAUGAAUUUAAGAGUGUAAGUUAUGUUGUUGUUUUUUUGGUUUGAAUUGAUUGUAUACAGUUUAUUUGAUUGUACUCAGAUAUAGUUGUUAGCUUUAUUCUGUUUCACUGCCCAUUCAUCCAAAAUAUCAAAAACUAGAGAUCAAUGGACAAAUUUUGUUCUGGCAAUAUGAAUAAAUGUUAUUUGAGAUGGUAUAUAGAUAGAACUGUAAAAAUUUAUGAGAUAAAAUUCAAACCCUAAUAAGGAUUUUAUAGUUACCCAUAAUAGUGCUGCAACUUGAGAUCUGUAAAGAAAUGUGGUCUUUAUACUGGCUAAAUUACAACCUUGUAAGCCAUUUUAUUGCCAGUCAUUGACUUGUAGCAACAACUACUGGUAGACAGUUAAGCCGCUGUAGGCGUAAUGUAUCUUAACUAAUCAAACUUGAAAUAACUUGAAAAACUACCUUAUGAACAAUACUAAAUAGAACUUUUAUUAAAAUAUAGACAAAAUCAACUUGGGAUGAAAUGCAAUAAAUAUAGUAGAUUUUAGUAAUAAUAUAAAAUGGUAUUCUAAACAAAAUCUAACUCACUACAAUAACACUUCUUUUCAGUCUCAAGUUCUGGAGUUGUCUGUCUUAACUAAGACCACUGCGAAAUUGCCACCUAUCUUGCAUCAUUCACAGCCAAUCUCUAACCUCUUCCCACUGUCACUAUAGAAACACACACUCCAUAACACCAAAAACCACAGAAACUAAUAAAAUCUUUUUUCUUGUCUCUGUUGGAUACUUUAUUAAGAUAAUCUAAUAGACUAAGGGAUAAGUAAAGGUAAAAAAAUUAAGAAGUCUCGAUAGCCUAAAAGUUGCACCACUAAGUCCUUGAUACCUUGUCUUAAAGUGUCUGCUGUGUACAAAAUCAAAUGCAUGUUGUAUUAUAUUGAUAUGUAUGAAAAUAGAAGAUAUUUAUUUAUAGAUUUUAUUGAUCAUGUAGCACAUUUUUUUCCAUGAUUUGAAUUUCUAUAUAAAACAGAUUUUAUUAUUCUCUGAUGUCUACAUAACAAUUUUGAAUAUUUGCUCAUUUUGUUUCAUUAUACAGAUUCCCCUGGCAAUCAAAUCAUUAAAUAAGAACAAUCUGGUAUAAACUUUGUCACAUGUAAAUUAUGAGUGCGUCUGGUGUGAAUGUACACUUUGGUUUCUUAUAGUUAUAAUGUUUUUUGUUUGGUGUAAUGCACAAAUUGUAAGACUAAUUUCCUUACGGAUAAUAAAGAUUAUUAUUAUUAUUAUUAUAUUUAUGAACUGUACAAGUGUUAGGUUUAACAGUUUCUGUUGUCAUAGAGUUUCAAUUAAUGGUAUUCAUGUACUGAAUUUUGAGAACAAUGAAAGUAUUUUCUUUCAAAAUGAGGACUUAAAAGAAAGUUUCCUUUUGUUAUGGCCUAAGCCAUAAAUCUGCCAACUGAGAAACUGGAUAAGGACAGUUUAAAUUGAUCUGCCAAUGUUCCAUUUGCUUUCUUUAUUUCAGAAUUUGCUAGUCAAUUAUUGGAAUAGUCCGGAGAAGGUGGUAAUUGACCAAAAAGUUAAAUUAGAUGCAAGUUUCACUAGCAUGUUUUGGUGGGCUCAAGGGGGCUUACAAAUUAUCCCUAUCUCCAUGUUCUGCAUUAACAGCAAUUCUGUUUGCACACUUAUCUAUAUAAGCAACGUAGACAACAAUAUUAGCAUAUUGAAUGGAAAAGUGUAGGCCUAUUGCAUUUACGAAAUGGCAAUGAAUAUGUAUUUGUGUACAAUGUUACAUUUUAUUUAAUGUUAUUGACAUGCGAAUUGAUUAUUUUUGUGCAAGAACGUUAAAAUAAAAAGCUUUUAAAAAAAAAAGGUUACAGCUACUGGUCUGUGGCAUUUUACGUCUCGAGAGUCGAUAUUUUCCCUUUGCAACUUCUUGUGUGACUAAAGAGGCCAAUCCUUGAUACACACCUGCGAUCGCUGGUUGGGCAUAUGUGAUCACCAGGUCCCGUUGCAUUAUCACUCUUCUUUCUGCUUCUGUAGUGUAUGGCAUCUGCAAUCCGAGACCCUUCCUUUAUCCUCUCUCUCCAUGUAGAUCUAUCCAGUGCUACUUUUUCCCAGCUGCUAGUGUCGAUUUUGAAGAGCUUCAUGUCGCGUUUGC